AUGAUGGUGAACAAGGAGAAACGAAGUGUAACCAAAAGUUACUCGAACUUCCCAGAGGAUAGUUCAGACAGACAGAAAGAAGCAGAUAUGUCCGAUACUCCAUUUAAAUAUUCGGAGGUAACCGUUCCUUUUCAAGGCGCUAACAAAACCGUGCCUUUGCCUAGAACUAUUGACAAGGCCAUUAAGAAAACCCCACUAAGGAGGGAUGAUUUCAUCGAAUCGAGCUUAAGUCCCUUGGAAACACAUUAUGGUCGCUUCUUUCACUUUAAAGUAGACGGUGCUAUCGACCUGAACUUUUCUUACAGUAUAGGAAGAUCAUCUGACCUAGGGGCAUCAGAUAUUCUAACGAUUUCUCCAAUCCAAAUCAAUGAACAAAUCGACGAAGUUUUGAAUUCGUACACCUUCCAAUUACCAGCAAAUGUGGCUUCUAACUGUAUCACGGUGACGCAAGAUGGUAAUGUUGUUGUGGUUGAUAUGAUCAUGGAUACAGAUAUAUUAAUCACGCUGGCUUUGAACGUCAAUGUCUUUUUGGGCAAACAGACUUUGGAAAUGCAGAACGUGUAUUCUUGGUGUAAAUACUCAAUGCCUUAUUCAUUUGUCCAAAGAAAACCACUUCUUUUGAAAAAUUUAGACCAGUUGAAUCUAUUAUUGUCUACUAUGGACGGUGGGCUUUUACUGCUUUCCCGAACUUCAAUUCAGGCCGAUUUCGUGAUACGUCCCUUUGUCACUGACUCUUAUUUCAACAGUAUUAAAUCCAAAUUUUUUUUCGGUUCAAAGAAGUCUCAAGCAAUGAUUAGUUUCGACAACUUUUCAGUUGCCAGUAGCUCUUAUAUUGAUUUGUUGAAAAUAACAGAUGAUGUAUUUGUGACUGUGUCAGUUGACAAAAAGCUAGCAUUUUGGUCAUUAUCACACGCAGCUGUGUUAAAAGAAUAUCAGAUUAAUGAUUAUUUAGACCGAUCUUUACAUUCUGCUGUAUUGUCACCUUUAUUACCCUAUUCCAUCUUAGGCUUGUCGGAUAAUUACAUCACAAUCUUUUUGUCGCUGGAUAUUUGCUACAUUAACAUUUUCAAAUUCUCCUUAGAUGAUUUUUCAAUUGAGUUGGUCUCGCAGUUAACUUCUCCUGAUUACAGCAACAUUUGGUCUCCAAUUGAUUAUAUAAUGAAGAAAAACCAAGAUGGUUCCCUACUGCUCUGGAUUUCCUGGUUUUUUUCAAAUUCAUCCUUCUACCAAUCAUGUCUACUGGCAAAUGAUGAAAAUAGAACAGCUCAUUGGUCCAACUGUAUACCGUCGAUGGAAUACAGUGAUAUCAAAAAUAGUGAGUUUUUAUCAAACUUGAAGGAACUUGAUGAAGCGUCAGAUAUUAACAAAUUCAGUCUAAGAUUCAUCCAGUCGCAUUAUGCCACUGAAACUAUCCAGAAAGCAUUAUCUAUUUUCAAUCAAAAUGUUUCUCCUUCCUGCAAGUUGCAUGAUCUUAUGACCCAGGUCCGUGAUUUGGUCGAGUUCAAUGGCAAAACUGUCGACGGGCUGAAAGAUGAUUGGGUUAUGUUUGCUGGGGCGUGCCAAGAUAUUGAAAUGAAAACUAUUGGGAAGGUUUAUAGUAUUUCUUUUGAUGUUUCGAAUUUGAGCGAUGAUCCCUUCUUGAUUGCAUUGAAAGGUCUAAAUUAUUACUCCAUUGUAAAAAGUUCGUCGUCUUUCGAAAGCCUAUAUUUUAACAGCAUCAACAAAAGAAAAGCAUGUGUUUUGCAAAAUUUUGAGGAUAUCAAUACAAUAGAAUUGCUGAAGCUAGUUGACCUCAUCCUUGAUUAUUCCAAGGGUUAUAAUGAGAAGGUUGUACAUGAAAUGACGUCGGAUUUACUCUCCUUCAGAGAUAUUGAAAACAUAGCAAGUAUCAUGUCUAAGUUAUUUGACAAAUAUAUCAUUAACAUAGCAAACGAACAAAUUGUUUCACAACUUAUCAAUCAGCUAUCUAAUAUUGAUGAUGCCUCAGAACUAUUUAAUUUCUUAUCAGGAUUAUUGACCAAUAAUUCAACAGGCUAUAUACCGAACAAUAGUUCUUCUUUCACCGAAAUAUGCCAGAAGUUAAUUGAGAAUUCAAUCUUGCAGAACAACUUAGUUGCAAAAAAAAUCAUUUUUGGCUUAAUGCUGAUCUUGCUUACAUUAGAUUAUACGGAACCUAUUGGGGCUCUUUUCUCCAAAUUAUAUGGAUCAUUUAAAUACAUAGCUUUUCUGGAGAGAGUUAACCUUUUAGUAGAAAAUGAUCUUGUUGUUAGAUACAUCACUAAAUUAGUUCCUAGAGUCUACAUUAAAAACAAUACCAUCAAUAUGUUGAACACAUAUAUUCUGGGACAAUUGUGCAAUAAAAAUUUUGUUUACUUUGUUGUUUCAUCGCUAGUACACUCUGCGCAAUCCCAAACAGGCUACGAGUUCUUGAAUUUCUUACCAACUGAGUCCACUAUUACCAUAAUUCUACGCGGGUUGAUAAUGUUAGAGACUGGAAACGGUGAAGAAGCAGAGAAACUUUUUGGAGACAAUGUUGCUGAAAUCACAUCCUAUAGGGCACCAGAAAACGAAGUUGAUUCAUGUGAGCCGAUUUCCAAAGUUUUAUCCUUGAUUUUAGUGGAUAACCCUGUUGAUUUUUUCUUUAAUCUAACUUUAAUUUUUGAAACAAAGAAGUGCUACGUUCAAGCUCUUGAACUGGCAAUAAAGGCAUCUAAGUCGUUGACUUCCCAUAUUGAGAUUGGAUCUGAUAAAGAAUAUGAAAUUUAUCUUAAAGUGUUUGAGUUAGCAUUGAGUUUGGGUGAGUACGAGUUGAGCUUUUCAUCCUUGAAAUCUAUGAAACAUCAGUAUAGAAUCAUACCAUUACGUAAGUUUAUUUACAAACUAUUCCAAAAAAAUAAGCUUUCACUAAUCAUUGACUUUGAUUAUUCUGAUGAUUUAGAUCAUGUUGAUGAACUGAUUGUUGGUUUGGGUGAAGAGGUUUUAGAAUCAGGUUCCGGGGAUGCCAAAUUAGCCUUGAAAUACUUCAGGGUGUGUUAUUCCCUUAGGUUGAAAGACGGCGAUUUUAGAGGUGCAGUAGAGUCUCUGUACAGGUUCAACAGUGUGGUUGGUUGCAAGCUUCCUAAUAUUUCUGAAGAGACUUACAAUAUAUUGAAAACUAACUAUCUUGUGCUGAUAAACUUAUUACAUACUCUGCCAGGGGGUGACCAAUGGAUCAUAAGGAGGUCUCCUCAGGAAGUAGGUGAAAGAGUCGUUGACUUGAACGAGAUUGAGAUCGAAUAUGACAAUUUUUUACAAAAACUGAAGAGCGGCAAAAUGCUGACUAUGUAA